AACAUUGAGAAACAAGGGCAGGAAGAAAAGACCAUGGUCUGAGGCUGGCCAUAAUGCUGUUGUGGUAAGGGGGAGGAGGAGGUGAAGUCUGGGGAAACUUAGUUUCCAAACAUCACAGGAAGCCCCUCCCCUUGCUUCCUUCUUUUCUUCCAGGCUGAGGAGCUUCCAGCUUGGGAAACAACCAGGGCAGUAGGCCAAUGGCCAUCUGGGUGAUAGGAAGACCCACCCCAUCUGUGGACGGAGUCUUGGGGUAUAUAGACACUCAGAAUCGUGUCUGCCUCUCAUAGGACACUGCCCUUCCAACUCUGCUCCUCUCUGCCUAGUUCCCCUUCCCCUUCCUCAGUUUGGGGUGAUGGUGUGAACCAACCUUCUUGUGGAGGAAGGCAAUGGGUCCCUGUCGGUCCUGAGCUAGCAGAUUUCCACCCAUUUAAGGAGACAUCACCUAAUCUCCCAGGCAAACACUGACUGCACCAACUUUGAUUUCUGGUCUGUCUGGAUCCAGAAGACCCUGCCCCAGCCUGGGCACAGCCCUGUAGCCAUGACAGAAGACGACGUAGGACAAUGGCAACAUGUGUUCCAGGAGCUGAUUCAAGAGGUGAAACCGUGGCACAAAUGGACCUUCACACCAGACAAGGAGCUUCUUCCCGAUGUUCUAAAGCCAGGAUGGACGCAAUACCAGCAAAAGGCCUUUGCCAGGUUCCACUGUUCUUCCUGCUCUCGAAGUUGGGCCUCUGGCAGAGUCUUGAUUAUCUUCCACAUGCGCUGGUGUGAGAAGAAGGCCAAGGGGCAGGUGAAGAUGAGGGUGUUUGCUCAGAGAUGUAAUCAGUGCCCCGAGGCUCCAUUUGCGGCUCCAGAGUUCACAUGGGACAACAUCUCGAGGAUUUUGAACAACUUGCUCUUCCGAAUUCUGAAGAAGUGUUAUAAAGAAGGGUUUAAGCAGAUGGGCGAGAUCCCUUUGCUUGGGGACACCAGUCUCGAAGGACCACAUGACAGUGGCAACUGUGAGGCCUGUCUGCUGGGCUUUUGUGCUCAGAAUGACUUAGGCCAAGCCUCAAAACCACCAGCACCCCCAUUAUCUCCUACCUCCUCCAAAUCCGCCAGGGAGCCUAAGGUCACUGCCGCCUGUCCCGACCUUCCCUGCUCACAGUCCUCCUCUAAAGUGGAGAAGCCCCAAGCAUCGGACGUGAGCCCCCAAGCCAGUAACCCCUCCAAAGAGGACCCUAAGGUUAGCCGCACCUCAAAACCAUCAACUAAUCCAAGACUGACUAUCAAACAGCUGUCAGAAGUAAGCUCGUCCGCCCUCGAAUGUGUUAUUCAAAUGCCUUCUCCCAUCAGCAGCAACAGAGCAGCAGAUACAGCAAAGAACACCAGAUCCAAGGCCCCAAAGGCAUCCCUCUCAUCCUCCUCCUAUGUCCCACCCACUUCCUCAUAUGUCCCACCCACUUCCUCCACUUCCUCCUUGUAUGUCCCACCUACUUCCUCAUAUGUCCCACUCACUUCCUCAUAUGUCCCACUCACUUCCUCCUCAAAUGUCCCACCCUCUUCCUUUUUAUAUGCCCCACCCACUCCCUCAUAUGUCCCAUCCACUUCCUCCUCACGGAGACCACCAGCAAACACCGCUUGCCAAGUAGAGAGAAGCGCCCCAAUCCACCCAGAAAGCCAGUCUUCCUGCUGCAAAGCUUGCUGCGGGGGCUGCGGGGGCUGCUGUGGGGGCUGCGGGGGCUGCUGCGGGGCCUGCUGCGCAGGCUGUGGGGGCUGCUGCGAGUGCUUCUGUGAGGUGUUAGAAGGCUGCUGCGGGUGCUUCGGUAAAGUCUUCUUGGGCUGCGGCGAGUGCUUCUGUAAGGUCUUCUUGGGCUGCUGUAAAUUCGGGUCAGAGAGUCCACAGUGUUGCCUGUUCUUUCUAAUCUUGUUUUUGUUGCUGUGGUACUUAUUAUAAAAUGCAAUAUACGAGCCUUGAAAAAAAAAGAACCCUGAGUGGGAAAACAAAAAGAAUUGCAACAUCCCAAAAGAGCCACACGUUGAGUAAUCCCCUUUAUGCGAAAUGUCGAUAAAAUCAGUAGAAUCCAGAGGUAGCUACCGGGGACUGGAGAAGGGGGAAAGUACAAAGCCACGGUUUAAGCAAUGCGGCCUUUGUGGAGAGGUGAUGGACAUUUUUAGGAAUUUGGUGGGAACAGUAGCAGCUUCUUAGCACUGUCAGUGCACUAAGCCGCUGAGCUUUCCCUCCUAAGAUGGUGAGUUUCCCUAGGCUGGAGAGAUGGCUCAGUGGUUAAGAGCACUGGGUGCUCCUCCAGAGGACCUGAGUUCAAGUCCCAGCAACUACACGGUGGCUCAGAGCACAAUCUAUCAUGGCACCUGAUGCCCUCUUCUGUCAUCAGGCACAUGAGCAAAUAGAACGUUCAAAUACACAUCAAUAAACAGUAAGCUUUUGAAAAAAUAAUUCGUUUUCUUUUCUUUGCUUUUUUCCCAUAGGGCGGAUUAGGCUAGGUUUGCGGUCUCACAAUGUAAAGUUGGUCUGGGGGUCACUAGGUGAUCUAGGCUAGCCCCAUGCUCGCAGCAAUCCUUCUGCCUUGGCCUCUCACGUGCUUGAAUCUCAGAUCUAAGCCACAAUGUUCAGCACAUAGUUAAUUUUCUGAUGCGACUUUUACCUAAAUACAUUUUUUAAAAAAUGGUUUUAGGGGUUGGGGAUUUAGCUCAGUGGUAGAGCGUUUGCCUAGGAAGCGCAAGGCCCUGGGUUCGGUCCCCAGCUCCGAAAAAAAAAGAACCAAAAAAAAAAAAAUGGUUUUGACCUAUCAAAACAGAACGGAGUCUGAAGUGUGGAGAGGAGCCUUGAACCUGGGAUCUCCUCAGCAUGUUCUGCACAGACUUUCUGCUAUCAGUCUGGUAAGGUUUGAGACAGGAAUAGUAAACUGAACACCUAGGGUCUCAAUGGUCCCCAUGCAGCCACUGCGUGACGGGGACAAGAGAGGAGAGAGAGAGAGAGAGAGAGAGAGAGAGAGAGAGAGAGAGAGAGAGAGAGAGAGAGAAAUUGAUUUAAAAG